UCAGACUGACUGAAAUAAUGGCCUGGAAUAUAGCUCUGCUGAUCUGCUGUUUGGUGGCAAUGGUUGGGAGCACUACCACGGAUGUGGACUGUACUCUUCGUCAGGAUUUCAAUACCGUUAAGGACUGUUGUGCCUAUCCUACAUUUAGGUUUGAUAAUUUCAGGAAUCAAUGUGGUAAAUAUAUGCCAAUUGGUGCUCCCAGAGUUUCACCCUGCCUGUAUGAAUGCAUCUUUAAUGUGACGAACACCGUGGUGGAUUCAGUUAUUGAUCCUGAUAAUGCCAGAGUUCUUCUUGAGAGGCUUUUUGGUAAUAAUCGGGACUUUCUGGAAGCCUAUUUUAAUGGUCUAAUGAGUUGUACGGAUUCUGUCCAAGAGAUGAUGAAGAACAAGAAACCUCGAUCCAACAGUAGUGGCAAACAGUGCUCUCCAUUGGCAGUAUUUUAUGGGGUUUGUGCCCAAAGAUACGUCUUUAACCACUGCCCACCAUCCAGUUGGUCACCAACUGAAUCAUGUGAAAUGGCGCGAUUGCAAAACAUGAACUGUCCAAGUGCGAGAUCAACACGUGUUUCUGGCUUUAAAAAAGUUUAGCGCUAUAUG